AUGGCAUUCAGACUUUUUGGAUUAUUAAUUUUAUCAGCGGUUUGUGUCGCUGUGAGGGCCGAGGGACACGCGCACUCUUUCCAGCACUUCCAUGGCCCGGUAAUCGGCGAUGACCAGGAGAUAAAGUGGGUUGACAAGCAUGGACACCAUCACGAGGACUCUGUUGCGCAUCCUCACUACGAGUUCGCUUACGGAGUCAAAGAUCAACACACUAACGAUUUUCACGGGCAAAAGGAGCACCGCGACGGGAACGAAGUGUCGGGUGAGUACACCGUUCAAGAACCCGGUGGUAAUAUCCGGACUGUCAAGUACCAUGCAGAUGAUACCGGUUUCCAUGCUCACGUUCAUAAUAGCAAUGGAAAUGAUCACGGCGAUCGCAGAAGAUAA